GUGGCCCCACGCUCCUGAAGUAACUGUAAUAAGCCAUAUUCAAUAAUCUCCUUCAUGGUUACAUCCGCAGCUGGUCCCGGCGCUGAAGUAGCCGUGAGGUAAGUAAAGGUUCGGACUUUGGCCAGGAGGGGUGGAGGGUGCCCCCACGGAGGAGGUCACCCUUGCGUCACCGCCCUGUCUGGCAGUCCACGAUGCCGCGCCGUGACGCACGUGUCUCGGGGGGAAGCGUGCGCCCCCAGGCCUUCGUCCGACAUGACAGACGGAACGAUUCCCACGCUGCUCAUGCUAUCACGGCGGCGACUAGACAGCCGGAUGUGCCCGUGGGUAUAUACGGGACGACAGGCGGCCGUCAGCAACACUUCCUGGCGGCACGGGCUGGGCGACAGCAACUUUGUACGGCUUCGCAAUGCCUCCCACCGAGACAGCGGCAGCGAUGACAGUUCCGCCCGCGGCAGCGGCACGGUGUGGCGCCAGGCUCCCCUGCACCAUGUCCGACGCAGACACCGAAGGCAGUGGCGGCGCGGCGGCCUGGGAGCCUGAUGUUUCCGUCACCUCCUCAGAGAGCGAAGGACCGCCCGUCACACGACACAACUCGACUCACGUCAGCGGGGACGGGGAGGCAGUGCCGCAGGAACUGCCUGGUGGCGGCGCCUUGCUGCUGCACCCCGAGGACCCGACGAGCCUCAGCUACACUGCCACCCGCGGGGCAGAGGCCAAACCUGGGCCGAAGGUGGACCCCGAGCUGGCGACGAGCCUGGUGCGCCUAGUGGAGGAGUACCUCAGCGACGAGGGUCUGGCCAAGGACCUGUUCCUCCUGAAGCACGUGCGGCGCCAGAGGGCGGGCUACAUCUCCCUCAAGCUGCUGGCCGGCUACAAGCGGAUCAAGAAAUUCUCCCGGGACUCUGAGGUGCUGGCCGCCGCCCUCAGGACCUCCGAGGCCUUAGAACUCAACCCAGAAGGCACCAAAGUGCGGCGACGCACCCAGCUGCCCGACGCCCUGCAGCACGAGGCUCCGCCGUCCCGCACCCUGCUCGUGGCCCGCCUCCCCGCCCCCAGCGCCACCAUGGGCGGCCUGGCUGCUCUCUUCGGACAGUUUGGCUCAGUGAUGUCUCUGCAGGUGCUGCGUCCCCGGCAGGAUGGCGUCCUACACCCAGAAGUACUCCCCCUGGCGACGCGCCUGCCUGGCCUGGCCUCUGCCACUUGCGCCGUGGUGGAGUACGAGAACGUGUGGGGCGCCGCUCGCGCUUUGCGGGAGCUGAACAGCCCGCCCAUCUCCCUGCACGUCCUCCGCCGCGCCCGACGCCACUCCCUGAACUCCGUGAGGGUGUCUUCCACGCCUCCCUUCACACCCAGGGCCCGGGGCGGCGGCGUGCUGCCCGAGGAGCUGCGCCAGCGUCUGAAGGGGACGCAGUCGUGCGCGUGGCAGGAACACACGGAGUCCAGCGGCUCUGACGGGGAAGACAGCCCGCAGUGGAGGAAGGGCUCCGGACGGUGGAGCUGUCAGCCCUUCACGCAGCCCUCUGACGCCGCACACCGGACACAGAGCCGCUGGGGCAGCUCCUCCGUGCCCGCCUCCCCGGCCCUCUACCGCCGCCACAACACCCAGGCGGCUCUGCGCGCCCCCCGGGGCCCAGACGGGACGCGAGGCUUCUCCAAGGACAGAACGUAGCCCGCGGCAGCAACGACGCUAACUACGAUCAUUCUGGCGGCCGGUGCGGCGCUGUGGCUUGGCACAGUGCACACCCCGGGGCCAGCCUCGAGCCGCAGAUAAACGGUCUGCUACCCGGGAACAACAGAGUCAUCCAUAACGAAUACAUUUAUGAAGCUCGGCGCGUGAGGCCACCCCAGGGAUGCGCUGUGCCUUGCUGCGUGGAGCGACAGGACUGGGGGACUGAAGGGAGCGGUGCGGGAUACGCUACGCCGUGCAGGCUACGCGAUGGCUCGGGAGGGAAAGAAACAAUUAAAAUCAUGAAUAUUACGCAAACUCUCCUCCGAUGUGGCUUCUCUCUCUCUCUCUCUCUCUCUCUCUCUCUCUCUCUCUCUUUUAUUUAUUUCUCUUAUUUAUUCAUUUGUGUAAAUUAUCAUGUUGUAUAUUUAUAAAUUCUUAAAGUUUA